AAGCAUUAUUAGAUUACUGUAUCUUUGUAUUCAAAUUCAGAGUAUUUCAGAAAAGUCAAAGCAAGAACGAGUCUAUCAUGAAUGAGAUUCUGUUGCUGAAGUAUCUGUUCUCCAGUAAUGAGCAGCAUGACUUCUGUUAAACACCUAAUGUGACUCAUGUGAAAACAACAAACAAUUUCUAGAGCCAUACAAAUAUUUGUAACAAAACUUUGCCUAUGUGUGUUAAAAGGAAAGUAUUUCAUGAAAACAUUCUAAACACCUCCCACUCUGUUUAUUUAUGUAAAAUGGGUGGGUGCACAAACAUCUGCUCCUCUCUCAGUAAGUAUCAGUUUAAUUCACGCUCACAUAUGAGCACUGACAUGGCAGCUGACCAGAGAAAAGAACCAGGCGUUGUGAUUAAAGACGGCUGGGCAGGUUACAGUUUGGAGCUGUUUAAUUGUCCUGAGCAUUACCGGGGUGAUCUGGAGUGUGUGUACAUCCCUCAUGGAGUCAUUAUGAACAGGAUUGAGUGUCUGGCCAGAGACAUCCUUGAAGACAUCGGACAUCAUGAUCUGAUGGUUCUGUGUGUUCUGAAGGGAGGAUACAAGUUCUGUUCUGACCUGGUGGAGUCAGUUAAAGCUCAGAGCUGCAGCGCCAACAGAAGACUGACCACCAGAGUAGAGUUCAUCCGCUUCAAGAGCUAUCUGAAUGACCAGUCCACUGAAGAUAUGCACAUUAUUGGACCAGAUGACCUCUCCAUGCUGAAAGGGAAGAAUGUCUUGAUUGUGGAGGCAAUAGUGGACACAGGAAAGACCAUGAGAGCCCUUCUACAGCAUGUCGAGACUUUCCAGCCCAAAAUGGUUAAAGUUGCAGGGCUGCUGGUGAAGAGGGUUCCUCACGGGGCGGUGGAGCUCCCAGACUAUGUUGGAUUUGUCAUUCCUAAUCGUUUUGUGGUGGGUUACGCUCUGGACUACAACGAGUACUUCAGAGAUCUCAAUGAAGGAAUUAGCUGAAAUGAAGAUUUAUAUACAGCAGUAUUUUAUUUAAAUCAAGAAGAUAAUCCAAGAUGAAAACAGCAACCAAAACAGCUAUAUAAAACUAAGACUAUAACCAGAAAACUGAGAGGAACCGCAAGGCUAGAUAUUUACAGAGGUAAAUGAGGAACUAAACAAGCCACAGGUGAACAUAAUCAGAAACCAAUAAUAACUAUGGAAAUGAACUCAAACACAGGAGAGAGCAGAAACGAUGGAACAUAAAUAACUUUCAAAAUAAAAGUAUCAAGACCCAUUUUUGCCAAGGACAAUAGCUUUAACAACAAUGAAAACUAUAAAGUUUUAAUUAUUGUUCCAAUUCUGUGAGGAUACACAUCACAACUAUAAUGAUAUCAACACAGGAAUGAUAUCAAUUGAAUCAUUUUAAAAAUUAUUAUUAUUAUUUUUUUUUUCCAGCUGAUGAAUGAUAAAAACAUUGACAGCAAUCAGAAUCCACACGACUUUAAAACAUGUUAGAACUUAAAGCAGCAGGAGGCAAAAUGGCAGUGCACGCUUAUAUUAAACAGAACAAUAUUGUGCAUGGGUGUGGAUGCUAACAUAAUUAUUGUUAUAUUUAUCAUUAUAAUUAUUGUUGGUGUGUACAGACCUUUAAACAGGUAUAACAUGACACUUGUUUCUGGAGCCACAGGAAAAUGCAACAUACUCCCUUAGCAAUUCGUAACUAUUUAACAGUUUGGAAAAUUGAUGGCUAAUUUCUAUGAAUUAGUAUAAUUUAUUUCAUACUUUUUUGCAUCACCAGCUUAAGCCCCACUAUAGGUUAAGGCAUAGAACUUGAUGCUUACUUUUUUGUGUGUGUACAAAUGCAGCGGCGAUAGAUGCUAUUUACACUAAGUGCAAACAGCAAUAGAUGUUAUGUACACUAAGUGCAAAUAGUGAUAGACUCUAUUUACACUAUUUAAAAAUAGCAUUUUCUUUGCAAUAUUAUUUAGAUGCUAUUUAUACUACUUAGUGCAACUGGCAGAUAUUUGCACCUCAGUAUUGUAGUACAUUACAAAACGGUAUGCAAUAACAAUGUAUUGAGUGUAAAUAAUACUUUUUUAAUAAAAUGAUUAAAUUUUUACUGUCUCUUCUUGGGACAAUAAAGCCAUCCCUACACCUACCCUUAGCCCUAACCAAUAAACACCCAUGAGGCACUUUUUCUUCCUUCAUUUUAUUGAAAAUAAAUGACUUUCCAGUCUGAUGUGACGUGAAAAGGGAGAAGGAGUUUAGCAAACGACAGAUUUUAACUCAGGUUGAUCGUCUCAAAAAGUCACUGCUACGUGAUUUAACACCUACCACUAGAAUUGUUCUUCAGCAGGCCUCUUUUGUAAUGUUGUCGAGCCCAACCACAUGUUGGUGGGUGGAGUUAGUGUAAAUAGCCUCUGCCAACAAGGUAAAUAGUGUAAAUAGACACUCCUUUGUACAAAUCAUUUCAAUAUGAUCAGAUUAUAUGAAUUUGUACAAUAUCGCCUCCUCGUAAAAUAGGUUCAAAUGGUGUAGUUAUGUCGUUUACCAGCAGGGCUAAACUUUUACUCCUUGGAAUAGCCCAACAUUGACUUAAUUUGUUUCAAAUAUAUCAAAACACAGCACAACCAAAAACCUGAAAUUAUAGCCAGUAAAAAAAAGGAAAAGGUUUAAAGCUGCAUAAAAAGGCCUACCAACCUCAAAGCUUAUCAUACAACAUUAUAUAAGACAUGAAUCUCAUAGUCAUCUAAACCUCUAGCUUGAAUGUCAUCACUGAGUGUUGAGCGGGACUUGGUGAACAUCCAAAUGAAAUCUGGCAUGCAGCACAGCAUUCAUCUUUCCUAGAAAACUCUAAUCAACCUCACACAUCAUGUGUACAAGCCUCUCCUGCAGCUGUAAAUGUGAUGGAAAACAUCUUUCUGUCACAGAAAGCAGAAGCAAACAUUUUGCUGCGUUAUUUCUACAGUUUUAUUUUCUGCUUUAUUUAUUGCUCGACUCACGUAAGCGAUUUCUUCCCCUUCACAGCACAUCUGCGUCAUCAGUGAGACAGGGAAACAGAAAUAUAAAGUAUGACAAAACUCCUCUUUCAAGAGGAAUGGACAUUUAUAUUACCAUAACAGAUGAAAAACUCGUUUUGACACAAGUUUACUGUGUUCUCAAAUCAGAGAUCUGAUAUCUGUAACUGACAUGCUGAAUUAUGUUUGAAAUAUUAUAUAAUAUAUUUUGCAUGAAUUGGGUAAAGUCACAUCGCAAUACUAACGUGAUAUGAUGUGGAAAACAGACUUACUGUGUGCCAUUUUAUAUGCUGUAUAAGAGCCCAGCUGUUCAUUUUUGUCCUAUUUAGAAAAUAUUUGUUUGACAGACCAUCCAUGCCACUGAAGACAUCUCAUACUUUUCAAUCAUACAAAAUGCUUGCUGGUUUGGUGAUGACAACUCUUUUUUUUUUUUUCUCUCUUCAUUGUUUUUAAAAAUGUCUGAUAUU